UCGGAAUUAAAAAUUUGAAGUUGAAUUCUAAAAUUAAAAAUUAUAUAUAUUCCUAUUCUCUCUCUCUCUACCCGCUUUCUCUCUCUAGACACUCAACUUGUAUCUGCGCCUUCAAUAGAUAACGAGAAACCUUUAAAAUUAUGAGGGAUUGGGGUUUGGGUCUACUCGACCCGACAACCGCCGUCAUGGACCUCGACUCCGACUCCGACUCCACCGCCGCCCGUCAAUCCGACUUCGCCUUCGCCUUCAACGACAGCAAUUUUUCCGACCGCCUGCUCCGGAUCGAGAUCAUCGGAGAUCCCCUCGACGCCCGCGCCGAAUCCGACCUAGCUGAUUGGGCCACGCGCCUCUGCGAGCUCCGCCGCCGAGACGUUCUGGAAAAGCAGCUCGUUUUGGAUGCGAGCAAUUGCCAGGAAGAGCAUGAUGCGUUUGAUAGUCAGCAGCCUGAUGUUGAAGACGGGAUAGGCGAUGACAAUCAUGACGAAGUGGCACUUAAAAUGAUUGAAGAUUCACCCUCAGGAGAUGAAGCUGCAAAGGAUGAUUCAAAAUUGCCUGAAGACGAUUCAAGAGUUCUAAGAGUUAAAACGCUACAUAUUAGCUCUCCCAUCUUAGCAGCAAAGAGCCCAUUUUUCUACAAGUUAUUCUCGAAUGGUAUGAUGGAAUCUGAACAGAGACACGUAACCCUCAGAAUUAGCACCUCUGAGGAAGCAGCUCUCAUGGAGCUCCUGAAUUUCAUGUAUAGUAAUACAUUAAGCAUCAACACGGCUCCUGCUUUACUCGAUGUGCUUAUGGCUGCUGAUAAGUUUGAGGUUGUUUCAUGCAUGAGAUACUGCAGCCAUCGAUUAAGAAACCUGCCUAUGACUCCCGAGUCUGCACUAGUUUUUCUAGAUCUUCCUUCUAGUGUCCUUAUGGGUGAUGCAGUUCAACCAUUGACUGAUGCAGCGAAACAUUUCUUAGCUGCCCGAUAUAAAGAUAUAUCUAAGUAUCAAGAAGAGAUCAUGCAUUUGCCCCUUGCUGGGAUUGAGGCAAUCUUGUGUAGUGAUGACCUUCAGGUGGCAUCAGAGGAUGCUGUUUAUGACUUGGUGCUGAAGUGGUCCCGGUUCCAUUAUCAAAAGCUGGAGGAGCGUCGGGACAUCCUAUGUUCACAAUUGGGUGGCUAUAUUCGUUACCCGUACAUGACUUGCCGCAAGUUGAAGAAGCUUCUAACCUGCAGCGACUUUGAUCGUGAUUUCGCAACUAAAGUGGUGGUCGAUGCCCUAUUUUUCAAGGCUGAGGCACCACAUCGCCAGCGGAAUCAUGCCUCAGAGGAAUCCACCUCCACCUCCACAAGCCGGCGCUUUGUGGAGCGUUCCUACAAGUACAGGCCCGUGAAAGUAAUCGAGUUCGAACUGCCACGUCAGCAGUGUGUGGUGUACUUGGAUCUCAAGCAGGAAGAAUGUUCAAAUCUGUUCCCAUCGGGGCGAGUAUAUUCCCAAGCAUUCCACUUGGGCGGGCAAGGGUUCUUCCUGUCUGCACACUGCAACAUGGAUCAGCAGAGCUCGUUCCACUGCUUCGGCUUGUUCCUCGGGAUGCAAGAAAAGGGUUCGGUUUCAUUCGGUGUCGACUACGAAUUCGCUGCUAGGUCCAAACCCACAGAAGAGUACAUGAGCAAAUACAAGGGCAACUACACAUUCACCGGUGGGAAGGCCGUGGGCUACCGGAAUCUUUUCAGCAUUCCUUGGAACAAUUUCAUCGCGGAGGACAGUCUGUAUUUCAUCAACGGCAUACUUCAUCUUAGGGCCGAGCUCACCAUCAAACACUGAGACACGCGACGACGCGGGAAGGCUCAAGGUGAGCUCAACAAGUUCUAACUCCCAUAGAUUGCUGGGUUAUAUUGAUGAUGGUUUUGACUUCACAAAGCAGUCUGUAUAUGUGAGUUGUAAAUAUGGCCAUUUUGGAAGAUGCUAAUUCACUUGUGUUUAACAAGUUGGAGAUGCUGUUUGUCUUAAGCUAAUCAUGUGCAUGUUGUCUACUUUUUGGUGGGGUGAGAAACUGUGUAUACUUGAGAGGUUAAAUCACAUUGAGCAAACAAUAUACGACAAACUUGAUUUGGA